CAGCGGCGGGUCUGGCGCGCGGCUUUCCUGCCUUGGUGUUCUCCGCUCCAGGGGCGGGUGGGGUGGGCUGAGCAGGGAGCCGCUGCUGCUACCCUGGAGAGACCGAGGACAGAGCCAGCACACGAGUCUUGGGAAACAACGGUGCCGCCCGGCGGCCGGUCCGGUUCAGGUCAAGGCCAAGGGGCGCGCGGCGAUGUGAGCCAUGAGUGGGACGUGGACACUGUCACCGGAGCCGCCGCCACCGUCGACGGGGCCCCCAGUGGGCACGGGCCUAGACGUCGAGCAGCGCACGGUGUUCGCCUUCGUGCUCUGCCUGCUCGUGGUGUUGGUACUGUUGAUGGUGCGCUGCGUGCGCAUACUGCUCGACCCCUACAGCCGCAUGCCCGCCUCAUCUUGGACCGACCACAAGGAGGCGCUCGAACGUGGGCAGUUCGACUAUGCGUUGGUGUGAAGGGGCACGGUGUCCCGUGCGGGUCCUCCAAGAGAUUUUGCCAAGGGCCGGCCCAGUGAAAGGGUGCCACCAGCCUGGACUGCGCUCUGGAUUGUGCCCCAGACCCCUUAGCCCGGGGUUGAGGGCAUUGGGAGAAGCCCAGCCCUUCCCUCCUUAGGCCUUGCCCAUCUCCCCUCCUGGCCUGGCCAGAGCCCCACCUCGUGCCUUUAUCUGCCCUGUCCCCUCCUCUCUGCACACUCUUUCUCCUGUCUAGUAAAUCUGAAUCCCAAGCGGAAGAAGCAUACAACCCCACACCAACCUCAGCUUUCCCCAGUGUGUGAGUGGCUCUGCUAGUGUCCUGCUACUAGGCAUGAGUGUUACCGUCCUUUCCUGGGAGUGUGGACCCCUUGCUCCUUUCGCCAUCUUCUGAUCAUCCCAAUUUCAACGGGCUCCUUGAGCUCCAGCCCCGGGAGCCAAGCUCUCUUCAGCUCACAGUGGGCGCUUCAUACCAACAAUGCAUGGUACAGCCUGCCCCAGAGACAGACCCAGAAACCUCACCAUGGUUGCUGCUUUAUCGAGGAUGUGUGGAGGAAAACAAGCAGGGUCAUCCCCUCCCCAGCCCGGGCCCCAGCACAGGUCAGCAUGCUCACCCUCCCCACCUCUCCUGGCUCCCCUGUCACACACACCUCUCCCAUACCUUCUUGUUCCUCCCUGCCUUUGAGCAUGGAGAUGAUAAUAAAAGCUAUUAUUGAGUGCUUACUGCAUGCCAA